GUGAAAGUGGCAUUGCGGAAGCGCACAGCGCUAUGCGGGCUUUUUUCUUUUCCACCCCACGAUUGGCGUUGGGUGUGGACAUGGGACUCGGCAUCGUCCACGGGCUCUGUGUGAGAAAGCCAGAAAGAGGCAGGACACACACACACACAGAAAGAUGGAUAGCCAAGAGGGGGUAGGGGUAGGGGGGAGGGGUGGGUGUGUUGGCGGGCAUACCUCUCGGUGCACACACACACACAGACGCAUUGCUGAUCUCGAUCCACGACGGCGACGUUCGAUCACCAAGACGGCGAUUGCUCCAUCACCACGCCGGCGACGUUGCACAGCCGUGUCGCCGUCGCCGUCAUAUGAUGGGAUGCAUACAUGCAUGGGGCAGGCAGUCAAGAUUACCCAUCACCAAACUGUGCUGCUUCAAAGGCGGGGUCUCCGCGCCGCCACUACUCCUCCUCGUACCACGAUGUACCUACCGAGUUAUUAGUAAGAAAAGCCCACGAGCUGCUCGUCCCCCCUUCCCCCAAACGAGGCGACGGCCCGGCAUGUCCCGUUAUUGUUUUACGACUAGCUCGCUAAUAUGGAGGGGGGGGUCACUCGUCUCAUACCCAGUACCAUGCCAGUACCGGUAUGUACCUUUGUUCCGAGACACCAGAGCACACACACACACACGCACACACAACAAAGCCCGCGCGCCCUCGACUCGUUUAAUUGCAAGUCUGCACUUGGGGACAUGGGGAUAAAACGGGGGAAGGGGGGUAGAGGGGCCGGUAUGCAACUAGGGGGGAGGGAGGGUCUGCAGGGUUAAGUGCUGGACGAGUGACUUUCAGACUUUUUGUGUUCUUCUUCUUUUUGCUUGAAUGCAUGCUUCGUGUGCGCUCCCCGCGCCGAUUUUGUCUCUCUUCUUGUUGUUGUUGUUGUUGAUAGUUUGAUUUUUCCGUCCAUACAACAACCGCAUGUCUUGCUUGGGAUAGUUUCGUUUUGCUUCGUAUCGUAGAUUAAUCGUACGACUACUUUGCAGU